AGGGGAACCCGAAAAGACAGUAAGUUGUGCUUGUAGUGGGUCAUUUUUGAAUUGUUUAAAUAAUUUCAACACGCCCACCUUGUUCGUCAAUUAAUCCAAUGUCAGAUCAAAGCAUAUCUUUCCCCAAGGAUAUUUGUUAAAGCGCGGCAAAGAAUCAACCAAGUUUAUCCAUUUCGUCUCAACUGUUUUAGACUUGUCAUGUGCCAAUAAAAUGCAGUGAACAAACCACAACAACGACACCUUAAGCUUGUGCAAUCACUACACCAAAAUAGACAUUUAGUGGCAUUUAUUAAGCAGCAUUAACUUUAUUGCCACUAAUCAUAUUCUUAGAGUCAAUUAUUAGUGGCAAUUAAAUUUUUGCAGCUAAAAAAAAUACUUGCAAUUAAUAAAAGUGAGCAGAUAAAAAGAUAUAAGUUGAAAGUCAAUUAUGAUUUUCCCUUUCUUUCUUUUUCAUCUCCUACACCGGUCUAACUUCUCCGGCGGCAUAGCUACGUUCCGGCGGUCCUCUUCAUCAGAAAGUUUCUUACGACUAUCUCUUCAGUACAUAAUCAUCAAAGAUAUUAAGAUAGCUUUAUUUGAACAGGAGAGAAAACUGAGAAAUGAAGUUCUAUACUCGAAGCAGUUGCAGCAUUGGCGGCAGAUCAGUAUGUUUAAGAAGCUUAUGGCAACCUGCCGAUUUACAUUCAUAAAAAUGGUGCGCCCUCGCCAAUCACGUCCCGCUAUUUUGAUUGAUGCAUUGCACAUAGUUUGUGAAUCUGAUAAAACAGGAGCACUCCUGGGAGAAGUGUUGAAAAAAAAAUUACAAGGACACAGGUAUACAAGCUUAAAUAUAAUUCGGAGAAACUUCCAUUUAAUUGUCCUGAAAGUGUGGGCUCACAUGUUAACCAAUUCCAAAUGUCAAAAGGCUUGGUGCAUAUGGGACACUAAAUGACACAUCAAUAAUAGAAAAUUCUUUCAUUGUGUAGGCUUUGGAGUUCCUACCCUUGGCUCUCAGUAAGACCAUAGCUUAAAAAUUCGAGUCCAACCUAAAAGACGAUGUUCAUAAGAUUUUUUUCUUCUUGAUUGGUGGUAGCUUUGUUCAGUGUAUUAGUAAGUCCAUGUUGCUAUUUGUAGCAAUAGUUGAUGAAUUUUGAUAUUUAGUUGUUGGAGUAAAUGGAGAUCACUUUAUUCUUUGUUGUAUUCCAAUAGUUGAUGAAUUUUGAUGUAGCUUUUUAGUUGGCUGACAAAGUCUUAGAAUUGACUUACUAGAGCUGGGGAGAAAUUUUCGGUUGAUCAGCUAGUUGAAGUUGGUUGGGCCAAAAAGUGAAAUUCUCAACUGUAUCUGUCACGUGGCAUGACAUCUUCUAUGGAGCUGUCAACUCUCGAAAUAAAGAACGCAGAGAACCUUACAAUCCCAAGUGUGCGAAAUGAUCUGGAGGGUGAGGAUAUAACUGAAUUAAUUGUUACUGGAUGCAAUUAGAGGUGUUAAUUCCAUGGCUGCUCCUGCAGGCGGUAGUGGUGGUGCUUCUGUUGCUCCUGCCGCAGCUGAAUCCAUGAAAGAUGAGAAGUUGGAGAAAAAGAGGAAUCAGAUGAGGAUAUGAGCUUCAGUCUUUUUGAUUAGGGUGUGUUGCAAGAGCUUGUUUAGAUGCUCAAAAUUUCUUUGGCUAUACAAAGAAACAUUUUGUUGUGUUUGAUUUAGUAGAUGAAAUGUAGGACAAAUCAAACUGUGAGACUGAAUUUUUUUAUAAGAAUGGAAACAAAUCUUGUUCUCUUGGGAAGAAAAAAUGUUAUAAAAUAGUGCUUGGUUAAAUUCAUGGA